AUGCGUCCUCACCGCGACAUCUACGGGUUUCAAACGACGGGCAAUCCCGACGGCGACGCAUAUCCUAAUUUUUACGGCGAACCACCGCAACAGCAACUUCGUCCGCCGCUUCCUCCGAGAACCGACGACCAUCCAUUGCACAGCCACUUUCGCCCGCCGCAACCCCCGCCUCGUCAGCCAAACUUCUCGGGUGUCCCCCGAAUCGGGCGCGUUUCCGUCGAGGAAGUGAUGGGGAUCAGUCUGCUCGGCAGUGAGGGCAUCGACCUGAAGAAAAGCCCGCUGCUAGAGCAGCUGAAGCAGGCCGGCAGCAAGGCCGCCGCGUUCGACGCGCUCGGCCCGUUCAUGCCGUUGGUCCCGGGGUUCCCGAAUCCACGUGCUCCUAUAAAUUCGUUCCGAAAAGUGCGCUCCGGCUCCUCGAUCUUCCGCCCAGAGCUCUUCCAAACAACUAUGGAGGCGAUGGUCGGCCAGCAGGGAAACACCGACGUGCUGCAGCUGAUCCGCGCGCUCCGCGACGACAACGACAACAUCUCGCAGCGCCCGAAUCGACGUAUGCCCGGCGGAAACUACAACCCGUUGCCCGAUGUGGUUCCGUGGAAUGUGACGGCCCGUCGUGACCCGAUUCCGGCCCCUACACGCUCCCCAGGCCUUGGUCCCCUCUCGCGCACCAACCAGAGCCAAAAGAACAAAAAUGGCCAUCUCUUCACCGGACAAACUGGGCACAACGCGAAGCCGCGCAAACCCUACUUUAUGCCCUACAUGUCCAUGGAUGCGGUUGAGCGUGGCCUACAAGACCCUAAGGCGAAGCUGAUCAAGGGGACGCUGCGAAUGAAUAAGCACGGCCACCAAGAAGCUCACCUCGAAAUCGCCGACAAUUCCGAGCAGCCAGACGUACUUAUCUUGGGCGUAGCCGAUCGUAACCGUGCUGGCGACGGCGACUUGGUGGUGGUCAAGGUCAAGGAACGCGACCUCUGGGUGGUGCGCGAAGGGCUCUACGCGGCCUGGCGUCAGCGCGUAUCCGGUAAAAGCGCCAAGGAGCCCGAGAAGCCUCCGCCUGUCUUGGGCGACGAACUGGCCCAAGAUGUCACCGAAAGCCCGCCACACUACACGCGCGAAGAGCUGAUCCGCAUUGGCACCACGGCUGAAGGGGCCACCGAACGAGCACCGAACAACGGCACGCAGCUCGAGCUCUCGGCCACCGCCCAGAAGGCCCUCCGCGCCCUCGGCCUACAACGAGCCGGCGCAGAAUUUUCGGAAGGCAGCCUACUGAAGAAGCUCGCCGACACCCCGCGCAGCAUCACCGCACAGCAGCUGUUUUCCAAGGAGGGCAACCUGCCCCGCCGGAUGACCGUUCGCACCGCCACCGAAUUCAACGUCGGCAAGCUGGCCAUCCCGGACAGUUGCCUCCAAAAAACGGCCGAGGUCGUCUUCAUCGUCCAGCAGAACAUGGGCAUGUGCAUGCCGUCGUACGUCAAGGUGCCCGAGACGUCUCGCGACGUGAUGCCCGCCGGCGAUGCGGCUCUCCACAUCCCGUUGGAC